AUAUGUAGCACCCAACUCAAGUAGCUCAGAAUUAACCCUCGGUUAAGGUGGUGUUAGUACUAUGAGCGGGGCCCUGGGUACGUUACUUAAUUUUACUGGUAAACAGGAGAAACAAUAACUAACCAGUUUUAACCUUAGUACUUAGAAAUCUUAAUGUUGGCGGUGCCUCCACUUAGUGAAAAUAAUGAGUUCUGUUUAAUCUUCACCAAGAAUAAUGAAUUUAUCUAACAUGUUAAACCUCUUUUUUACCUUUUUAGUAACCCUUAUCACUUAUAAACUCUGUAAAUAAUAAUUAUGACACACACAAAACUUUAAAUUCAAAUUGUAAGAUUUAGUCAAAAUAAAAUAUGAUUUAAAUAAAUAAAAAUACAAUAUUCCAAGUUCUUAAGUGUUUCCUUACAAUUCAAUUGAAUGUUUGUUUUUUCCUCUUCACAAUUCACAGUCAAUGUUUUAGAAACAACACAUUUAUCCAAAAUAUUCCCAUUGAGUUCAGUUCAAAAUUUGUAACCUUUGUGAGCUCAUUCACUGAAACCGUUGCAGGCCUGAUCGUUGCUCGGGCUCGUGGGACCAGAAAACACACAAAUGGCCGCUUCACUUGAUAAACAAGCAAAAAAACAAAACGCACGUGCUCAGGUCUACUCACAAAUCCUUUGGCCUAAGUGCGAGGGCAAGCUGAGGGGCAGGCUCGGUUGGUGACCAUGCGGCCUCCACUCGGCAACGUGGUUGGAAUUAGCGGUAUACCCGGGCUGCUGAGUACACUGGGACAAACACACGGAAAUCCUAUCCACAGCAGAAGGGUCCAGAGAAUUCCUCUCGGUCCAUCAUCACAGGGUAAAACUGUACAAAAGGCCCCGUAGUUGUGAGUUUUAUUCUGUUCAGUUGUUCACCUGUAGUUUCUUAGAGUGGCCAGUAGAGGUCACCCCACCGCUUUGUAUGAGAGAGGAUUUGGGCAGGGAGAUACGUGGGUGAAGUAUAUGAGCGUUUCCACUCCUGAUUACCGGCAGAGAAGUGGUCAUUUCAUGAGAAGUGUGCGUUACUGAGCAACAGACCACACACACACACACCCCGCUCAUAUCCACACCGAUGCACCUAAACUUGUAUGUAACACCUGCUCCUCUGACUAGCCUGUUACCUCUGACCGUGUGAAGGCAAUACAAGCGUCUAAACCAUCCUUGGUGUCCUCAUUGUCUCAUUCCUGAAUAUCCAUCCGGGCCUAGAGUAGUGUUCUGGCCGACACUCCGGGGAGUGGUGGCUGCAAACCUGAAUCAACGCCUUACAGUCCUCGCAUUCCGGGUUAUCUACCCAACAUUAGUGGUCCUUCGAGCCGGAUGUAAGCUGCUUCUACCCUAACAAGAUGGAUGAUAUUCAGAACUUCUCAGCCCUUGGUGCGCGCCCGCGGCGUAAUGUACGUCGUCCCCUCCGCUAUGAAGCUUAUGAGACUGACUUCCCCGGGCUUGGUGCAGGUUACCAGGAAGAAAGUGAGACAGGAGGCGACACCCGCUCCCUCCACCAUCCUCCGUCUGACACCCCUGAUGAUCGCCCACACAGCCAUGUCACCCCAUUGAGGGCAGAGUUAGCAGAUAUGCAACGUGAGAGGUUCCUGUUUCAGCAGUCCCAUGACCAGAUGAGAGCCGGGCUAGCUGAUUUCCAGGCCAUUCAUGCUAGUUUGCUGCAGCUGCUGGACCGUGCAGAGAGUCUGCAGCUCAGUCCACCGCCCAGAGCCCCUGCUGUUCAUCUCCAGUCACCCCCUGCUGAGGAGGAAGAGGACUGGCCUCCACCACCUCCUCCGGUUGUGUUCAAGGAGGGACCUGUCUCCAGUCAGAGCCCAGUCACAGACCGCAUCGACACGAUGAUGAAAGAGCUCCAGGCUCUGAAGAGGGAGUCUAUGACUGCACAGGAGGGCCAGAUCAUCCCCCCACCUGAAUCUAGGCCGAGGUUCACUUCUCCUCAGCCGAGGCCCACUCACCCUCCAGCGCCGCCUCCGAGAGCACACCCCCCUCCAUUGAAACCACUGCCAGCUCCGACUCCGUCCCCACCCACUCCUUUCUCAGCCUCCCAGAUGCAUAGACCCUCCGGCUUAGCAGCGGCCCCGGAUAUGACCUACAGGGGGCCUCGUCCGAGCAUUCCCAAGCUCACACGUCGAGAUCCUGGGGAAUUCGCUCGUCUGAAGAUGGCGCUAGAGAACUUACUGCCCCCGGAGAGUUCAGAGCUCUUCAGGUACCAAGUCUUGUUAGAUCACCUACACCUGGAGGAAGCAAAGUUGAUAGCGGACGCUUACCUCCACUCUGCCACGCCCUUCAGUGACACCAUGAAUGCUCUUAACGACCGGCUUGGGCAGCCCCACCAGCUUGCCCUGAGAAGAAUUGCUGCUGUCAUGGACUCACCUGACAUCCGCCGAGGGGAUGCAGCCGCAUUCGAGCGAUUCUCUCUCCACAUCCAGUCGCUCGUGGGCAUGCUGAAGACUUUAGGCCCGGAUGGGGAGGUCGAACUCCAGUGUGGCUCCCAUGUGGCUCGACUCCUUAGUAAGCUUCCUCCAGAGCAAAGAGCUGAUUUCCGUCGGUGCAUGUACAACCAUUCUGGUAAGGCUUACACCCUGGACGACCUGGCUACCUGGUUAAAGUACGAAUCCUGGUGUCAGGACUAUGACAGCUUGCCCACUCCAACGAUCACCAGAGAGAAGCCUGACGUCAGACCAAGUAGGCGCCCUGUUGCGGUUCUUCACGGUGCAGAGACCUCACCCAGGUCACUAGGUACCACUCCAAACCAAGCUAGGCCGCAGCCUUACUGUGCCUUCUGCGAUAACCGUGCCCAUCACCUGAGUCAGUGUCCAGAGGUCGUUAAGCUGAGUCGUGAACAGCUCACAAACUGGAUAAAGACCAACAAGAGGUGCUGGCGUUGCGCUCGUUCCCAUCAGGCAGCCCAGUGCACCCUCAAGAAACCCUGCAGCCUGUGCCAGGGUCGCCAUCUGCAGGUCCUUCACGACGUGAAUUCUAAGCCCUUAAAGACCCCUGGCCCAGCGUCUGUUCCCCCACGAGAAGGUGAGAAUCCUACGGGCGUCCUGUACCUCGAUCGUCCUAUAGAGAGCGGCCAAGUCCUGUUAAAGGUUGUCCCAGUCGUCCUUCACCAUAAUGGCAAGACUCUGAGCACUCAUGCGGUUUUGGAUGAUGGGUCAGAGAGGACUAUGCUGCUACCCGCCGCUGCCCAGAAGCUUGACCUCCAAGGCACCCCAGAGACACUUCCGUUGCGCACUAUAAGGCAAGAUGUGCAGACUUUACAUGGGUCGUGUGUCUCCUUCGAGAUCUCCCCUGGUGGCAAACCUAAGCAGCAGUAUAAGGUCCAUAAUGCCUUCACCGCCACCCGCAUCGACCUAGCAGAGCACAGCUACCCUGUGGAGUCCUUGCAGCGGAAGUACAGACACCUCAGAGGCCUGCCUCUCCAGUCCUUCAAGAAGGUCAAACCUCUCCUUCUCAUUGGCAGUGACCAUCCACAGCUCAUCACUCCAACUGAAGCUGUCCGUCUUGGUCCACCGGGUGGUCCCGCUGCUAUGCGCACCAGGUUAGGGUGGACACUACAGGGUCCCUCCAGCCUUAUCGGUUCAUCCUCGCUGCCACAACAGUGCCUCUUCACGACCGCCAUCCCUCCCCAGGUGAGUGAGCUACUCAAACAUGUAGAGAAGUUAUGGCAGGUAGAUGUCGUCCCAGUGCCAGAAGGCAAGGUGGUUACUCGGUCAAGAGAAGAUAACUAUGCAGUUAGCCUGCUAGAGCAGAGGACGGUCCGUGUAGAAGUCGAGGGCAUCCAACGCUAUGCCACCCCCCUCCUUCGCCGCCAGAACAUGCCACAUCUUAAAGCUAGCCCUGACGCAGUUAUUCCUAGUUUGAGAAGUGUGGAGAGAAGGCUCCAGAAAGAUCCAGGACGAGCUAAGAUCUACAGGGCGGAGAUAGAGAAGUUGGUCCAGGCCGGUUCGGUGGUUAAGGUGUCCCCCUCUGAGGUUGCUCAAGCAGAUGAGUCAUGGUACACCCCUCACCACCUUGUUAGCCACAAUGGCAAAGAUCGCCUUGUGUUUAACUGUUCGUUCCAGUUUCUAGGUCAAGCCCUCAACGAACAUCUUCUACCUGGGCCUACCCUGAGCGCAUCGCUCCUUGGUGUCCUCCUUCGCUUUCGAGAGCAUGCCGUAGCCGUUAGUGGUGACAUUAAAGGUAUGUUCCACCAGAUUCGCCUUCUUCCCGAGGACCGUCCCCUCCUGCGGUUUGUGUGGCGGGAUCUGCACCCUGAGGCACCUGUGGCCGUUUAUGAAUGGCAGGUCCUCCCAUUCGGUACAACCUGCAGCCCAUGCUGUGCAACCUUCGCUCUGCAGCGCCACACCAGGGAUCACACCGAGGGUGAUGAUCCACUACGUCACUCGGUGGGACGGUGUUUCUAUGUGGAUAACCUUCUCCAGAGUGUGCCAACCCCUGAGGAAGCCCGGGACCUAGUGGACAGGCUAAGAGCCCUCCUGUCUUCUGCUGGAUUUGUUCUUCGCCAGUGGGCCAGUAAUGAACCCAGCACCAUUGGCCACCUACCUGAAGACCUCAGAUCCACCAGUGCAGAACUUUGGCUCACUCAAGACAAAUCAGACACCUCUGAGCCAACUCUGGGCCUUAGCUGGCACUUCCCCACGGACACCUUGGGUUACAAACACCGCAAAGUCAGUUAUGGCGCCCCCACUAUGCGGAACAUUUAUAAGGUUCUCGCAAGCCAGUAUGACCCACUUGGCUUUAUCCUACCGUACACCACCCGAGCCAAGAUGCUGGUGAGGCGCCUUUGGGAUCAGCAGAGGGGGUGGGAUGACCCGCAGCUUCCGCCAGAACUGCUGCAGCAGUGGGAAACCUGGGAAGAGGAGUUGCCGUUCCUUGCACAAAUCCUGCUUCCUCGCCCUUAUCUCCCAAAGCACAUCACGGAGUCAGUCAGUGAGAGAGAGAUUCACAUCUUCUGUGAUGCGUCAGAGCAGGCUUAUGGCGCAGUGGCCUACAUGAGAACAGUGACAGGUGAUGGCCGCUCACAUCUGGCCUUCCUGAUGGCUCGCUCCCGUGUUGCCCCUAAACGCAUCCUCUCCAUACCCAGACUCGAGCUGUGUGGUGCCCUCUCCGGAGCGCAUCUCUCCCGUCUCCUCAGAAAUGAGCUCACUCUGGACAUAAAGAGAAUAGUGCUGUGGUCCGACUCCACAACUGUACUCACCUGGUUGAGGUCCGAGUCAUGCCACUUCAAGGUCUUCGUCGGCACCCGUGUGGCUGAAAUCCAGGAAGUAACUCAGUCGCACACCUGGCGCUAUGUGGAUUCAGCCCAGAACCCUGCGGAUGAUAUAACCCGUGGGAAGACCCUUUCGGAACUGGCCAGAUCCAACAGAUGGAGUCAAGGGCCUCCUUUCCUGCUCCUAAGUCCGGAACAGUGGCCUCCAGAGCCGAGCGGCACCCUGGCUGAGCCGCCAGGCCCAUCUGAGCUCCGUAGAGAGACCUUUUGUGGAGUUUCUACCACCGUUGACCCCGCCACCUCGAACUUCAGCGGAUAUGACACCUGGGCGCAGCUGCUGGAAGCUGCUAUUACGCAGUUGCAUGGGGCGGCCAAAGGCGGUGGAACUUCAUCAGCUCAGGACUAUAUUCAAGCGGAGAUGCACGUCCUGAGAGAAGCUCAACAGGAGAGCUUUCCUGAGGAGUAUCGACUCCUUAAGCAGGGGAAAUCUAUCAGCCGCAGCAGUCGUCUCCUUGCGCUGUCCCCUGAGUUUGACCGUGAAGAUGAGGUUAUCCGUGUAGGUGGACGUCUUCGCCGCUCUGAAGAUCUUGCCUUUACCAACUCGCACCCCUUAGUCUUGGAUCCGACACAUCCGGUCACCCGCUUGCUCAUCCAGGAUGUCGACAGUCGUCUGCGUCAUCCAGGGCCAGAGAGGGUCUUCGCGGAGAUUCGGCGCACUCAUUGGAUCCUGAGAGGCCGGGAAGCAGUUAGGCGUUUCCAGAGGACCUGUCUUGAGUGUCGCAGAUGGAAAGGCCGCCCGACUGUUCCCAAGAUGGCUGACCUGCCAGUUGCGCGCCUCCGCCUUUACAAACCUGCCUUUUAUUCGACAGGCGUGGACUGUUUUGGACCCUUUGAGGUCAAAAUUGGGCGCCGUGUGGAGAAGAGGUGGGGCAUCAUCUUUAAGUGCCUUACUAUCAGAGCAGUCCACCUUGAUGUCCUAACCUCCAUCGAUACGGAUGCCUUCCUAAUGGCACUUCGUCGGUUCGUUGCCAGGAGAGGGACCCCAGCUGAGCUGUACUCAGACCAAGGGACCAACUUCCGGGGGGGAGAAAGGGAACUCCAAGCAGCUUUUGCAGCCAUGACCUCUGACCUGCAGAAGCUCCUGGCUCCCCAGAAGAUCGUCUUCCACUUCAAUCCACCAGCGGCUCCUCAUUUUGGGGGAGUGUGGGAGCGGGAGAUUAGAUCUGUCAAGACGGCGCUCUACACUACAGUAGGAUCCCAACCCCUACAAGAGGAGGUCCUCCGCACGGUCCUUGUGGAGGUGGAGGGCAUCUUGAACUCCAAACCACUAGGUUAUGUUCCGUCCGACAUCAGUGAUCCUGAUCCAGUGACCCCCAACUGCUUUCUGAUGGGGCGGCCUGAUGGGGCGGCCUGA